UCUAUAGAUUGCCUGUCUGGCCAAUCGAACAACAGCUUUGUAUUUAUCAAAACAUGGUCGCUGUUUUGUUGUCAGUGUCCUUGUCGUUGUGGUUGGAUGUGUCAUCGGCUCCAGUUUUUUAAAAAAGUUCUUGUUUUAACAGUUUUCCGUUAUCGUUUUCGGUCUUGGUGGCUUCAAGUAACUGGAAUUACUGCACAAUGUCCAACGAAUCACUGAGAAGCUAUGCAAGCAACGAAGCCCCAGGCUAUGUAGGUUUUGCGAAUUUGCCAAAUCAAGUUCACAGAAAGUCGGUGAAGAAAGGCUUCGAAUUUACCCUAAUGGUAGUCGGCGAAAGCGGACUGGGCAAAUCGACUUUGGUCAAUGCCCUAUUUCUGGCUGAUUUAUAUCCAGAAAAGCUCGUUCCAGAUGCGGUUGAAAAGCUGAAGAAAACUGUGAAACUUGAACCAACAACUGUUGAAAUUGAAGAGAGAGGAAUCAAAUUGAGACUGACAGUGGUGGAUACACCUGGUUAUGGUGAUGCAAUUGAUAAUACCGAUUCCUUUUCUGAAAUUAUCAGAUACAUCGAUGACCAAUUUGAGCGAUUUCUCAGGGACGAGAGUGGGCUCAAUAGGAAGAAUAUUGUCGAUAACAGAGUGCAUUGCUGUUUCUAUUUCAUAUCGCCAUUCGGACAUGGGCUAAAGCCUUUAGAUAUCGAAUUUAUGAAACAGCUGCACAAUAAAGUAAACAUAGUUCCUGUAAUUGCCAAAGCCGAUGUUUUAACGAAGAGGGAGAUGCAAAAAUUGAAAAAGAGAGUGUUAGAUGAGAUUGCCGAAAACGGAAUCAAGAUUUUUUCGUUGCCUGAGUAUGAUUCUGAUGAAGACGACGAAGAAUAUAAAGAACAGGUCCGCCAGUUGAAACAGGCAAUGCCAUUUGCAGUUUGUGGUGCUACCACCAUGCUAGAAGUGAAGGGACGCAAAGUUCGAGGAAGACUGUAUCCAUGGGGCGUAGUUGAAGUAGAAAAUCCAGAACACUGUGAUUUUAUCAAACUUAGAGCAAUGAUGAUCACGCACAUGCAAGAUCUACAGGAUAUCACGCAAAGGGAACACUAUGAGAACUACAGAAGUGAGAAGUUGGCAAAAGGAGGACAAGUGCCUAAGAGAAACACUAUUAUUGAUGAUAAAUCACCAGUCGCUGCCGAAAAAGAUAGAAUAUUGCAAGAGAAAGAAGCUGAAUUGAAGAGAAUGCAAGAGAUGAUAGCGCAACUGCAAGCCAAAAUGCAAACUCAACAAUAAGUGUGGCGGGCAAUAUAUUUCGUAAGUCGUUUAACCUUUCCACUCCAUACUUUAUAGCAUACAGUUAUUUUGUAAUUCAUUGCGUUAAACUAUUGAGAUUAUUGUAGACAUCAAAAGUGAAGUUUAAUUAGCAAAGUAAAGAAUUACAAACGUAUGUUCUUAAAUGAUUGGAGCAAGUUACCCAAGUAUGCUGUCGACUACAUAUUUAUCCGAUGUAUUGCCUUUUCCUUUUUGUUUUAUUUUGCUCAGAUCAUAUAUUUUGUUUGUUAUCCUUGUUCUAUAUAUGUGACGUCUUCACUUUUUUGAGAAUUUCAAUUUACUUUAUAUUGCGUACUCCAGGAGUUUUCUUGGGUGUUUAUGCAGCUGGCAAAAAUGUUAAACAUGAUAUUAUUCGAAUCCAUUCAUUCAGGAGACGUUGACAAGGGUUCCAGAAUAUCAUAUCUAUUUAAGCGAACAUAUUCCUAUUUUUUUAUCCUUUAGAUAUCGAUUUUAGUAAUAAGUUUAUAUAAACUAUUUUUUUAUUAUCACGUGACUUAUAUUGUAAUAGUGUGUUAUUUUCACGUAAGGUAAAUAUAUCGUUCCAUCUCGGGAUAUAUUGCAAUCUGAAAAUGCUUUGUUGCGAAUUAAAUGAAAUAAACAUUAAAUUGGCGAAUUAAAUGAAAUAAACAUUGAAUUGGCA